UUAUUGUUAUAAUAUUACAUCAAGCCCCUGUGCAUAUUGAUCUGUGACGUAAUAUCACUUAUAUGUAUUGAGCAUGCGCACUAGUGAAUAAACGACAUGUGAAGCGGCCAUUACUAAGUUGUUAGUUGUGUUCAAUACGAACGGUUGAAUCCGAGGACAAUCCUACAAUUGGCGACGAGGAGUUUGACAUCGUUAGUGUCUAACGUGAUCUAGAAAGAUCGUAGUUGAAAAUGGCGACAUCUAUAACGACAGAUUUAGGUGGAAUUGCUGCAUUUGACUGUCACGGUGACCAAACAAAUAUUGGCCCAAGAUGGAAAAAAUGGCGCAGAGCCUUCGAACUUUUUGUUGAAGGAAAAGGAGUGACAAAUAAUGGUCAAAAGAAAGCUCUUCUUCUACAUUGUGGUGGAAUACCUAUGCAGGACAUUUUCUACACACUUACGGUGCCAGAACCUACCGGAGAUGAAACUGUUUAUUCUGUUGCGAUUCGAGUGCUUGAAGAAUAUUUCAGCCCACAAGUGAACGUCCCAUUCGAGAGACAUUUAUUUAGAAACAUGACUCAACAAUCGGGAGAAACGAUAGAUCAGUUUAUUACACGUUUACGACAGAGGGUAGAGUACUGCGAAUUUACAAACAACGAUGAACAGAUCAGAGAUCAAGUGAUCGAGAAGUGUCUCUCACACCAUUUGAGAAGGAAACUUCUAGAAAAGGGGAAAGAUUUGACCCUAAAACAACUACAAGCUACCGCGCGAGCUAUGGAAACGAGCGAGACACAAGCAAAUAAAAUUGAAGCAGUCGACGGAACACGUGGUGAGGUGGUAAAUCGAGUACACCAAUCCAAGCGUCGAGGUGAUACCAGAUUUGAUGACAAGCGUCGGGGCGGUAAUUAUACACCAACUUCCGGUUCCGGUAAACAAUGCUACCGGUGUGGUAAACAAACACAUCUUCAGAAAGACUGUCCGGCACAAUCUCAGGAAUGUUACAAGUGUCAUGAAACAGGGCAUUACGCGAGACGUUGUAAGACGAAGGAUACAUCACACAGACAAGGUGGAUCGUCACACAAACAAUGGACAAGGUCAGAUAAAAAGUUUGGAGGAAAACAAAAAGUCCAAAUGGUGAGUGACGAAACAAACAAUGAUGAAUAUGCUUUCUCGUUCUUGUCAAAAUAUGAAGACACUACAGUUAAUGUAAAUAUCGGUGGGGUAUCGAACAUUCCCAUGAUUAUUGACUCUGGGGCCACAUGUAAUGUAAUUGAUAAAGAACUGUGGGACAAUCUAAAAACCAACAAGGUUGAAUGUGACUCUAAGAAAGUUGACAAACAUUUGUACCCAUAUGGAUGUAGUGAGCCCAUAGAAGUGAUAGGAACAUUUCACACAUGCUUAACUGUAGGAGAUAAUUCUGUGUCGGCGGAUGUUGACGUCAUCAAAGGGAAAGGUCCAGCUUUACUAGGGAAGAAAACUGCCUUACAGCUUGGUGUUCUAAAAAUAGGACCCAGUGUUAGUGAACAUGUCAGUGUUGUGAAAGACACACAGGGUCUUGGUACAGAACAGGAUAUUUUUAAACAAUUUAAACCUUGUUUUGAAGGUAUCGGGAAAUUAAAAGAUUUCCAAUUAGACAUCCCUAUUGAUGAGAUGGUAAAGCCUGUAGCCCAACCAGUAAGGAGAAUUCCCUUCAAUCUGAGAGAUAAAGUGGAGAACAAGUUGGAUGAGUUAGAGAAACUCGACAUCAUUGAGAAAACAGGAGGUCCAACGCCUUGGGUAUCCCCGGUGGUCGUCGUUCCCAAAGGUCAGUCAGACAUUAGACUUUGUGUGGAUAUGAGACGGGCUAAUGAGGCCAUAAUUCGAGAACGUCACCCAAUACCAACUGUUGAGGAAGUCCUCUAUGAUCUAAACCAGAGUACUGUGUUUAGCAAAUUAGACAUAAAAUGGGCUUUUCAUCAGAUUGAACUGUCUGAGAAAUCUCGAUCAAUCACAACAUUUGUUACGCACAAAGGACUCUAUCGUUACAAGAGACUUAUGUUCGGAGUAUCAUGUGCACCCGAAAUGUAUCAACGGGUCAUACAGCAAACUCUAGAGGGAUGCGACGGAGCGCGAAAUUUGUUCGACGAUAUCAUUGUUCAUGGUAAGUCGGUGAAGGAACAUGACCAGCGACUUGAACAAGUACUUCAGAGAAUCCAAGAAACCGGUAUGACUCUCAACAAAGACAAGUGCGUUUUUCGAAUGUCAGAGUUAGUGUUCAUGGGACAUUUGUUGUCGGCGAGAGGUAUAGGUCCGGAGGAUGAGAAAGUGCGUGCUGUCAAGGAGGCACGACGUCCAGAAUCUGCGACCGAGAUAAGGAGUUUCUUAGGUCUUGUGAACUACAGCAGCAGGUUUAUUCCUGAUUUGGCUACUGUUGCUGAACCCCUACGUCAAUUGACCAGGAAAGACACACCGUUUGUAUGGGGAGACAACCAAGAAACCGGGUUUCAAGAGUUAAAAUCUCGACUUGGAAAUACCGAAACGCUCGGAUAUUUCGACAACAAAGCACCAACUUUUCUCAUAACUGAUGCCAGUCCAGUGGGAUUGGGAGGAGUUCUCGUCCAAGAGUUGAAAGGUGAAAUGCGUGUGAUUUGUUACAUAAGUAGAAGUUUAACCGACGUUGAGAAACGCUAUUCUCAAACCGAGAAAGAGGCGUUAGGGAUUGUGUGGGCAUGUGAACGUCUACACAUGUACUUAUACGGAGCUGAAUUCACACUACUUACCGAUCACAAACCAUUGGAGUGCAUAUACUCGACAACGUCAAACGGUAAAUCGAGCGCAAGGAUACACCGUUGGGUACUAAGACUACAGACAUACCGAUUUACUGUCAAGUAUAUCCCAGGCAAGCAGAACAUUGCUGACAGCCUAUCGCGGCUCAUCGAGAGCAAGGGGAAUAACUCUAGUACGCAGCCAACCGAUGCCGAAACGUACGUCAGAUUUGUUGCCCAAAACGCGACACCGAACGCCCUAUCGACACGACAAAUAGAAGAGGAGUCCGCUGUCGAUGAGGAACUUUGUAAUGUUAGAAAGUGCAUUAAAACACAAAGGUGGCAUGAACUUACAAACAAAAGGUAUUUGGCAGUGAAAGAUGAACUAUGUAUCAUAGGAAUGUUGGUACUGAGAGGAACGCGAAUAGUAAUUCCCGAAACGCUGCGCGAAACAGUUUUGAAACUCGCACACGAAGGACAUCCAGGAAUCGUGAGUAUGAAACGACGGAUUCGUACAAAAGUGUGGUGGUUUGGAAUAGAUAAGGACUCUGAACAAUUUUGUAAAACUUGUUAUUCCUGCCAGCUACUAGGAUCAACACAGGCUCCGGAACCGAUGAAAACUACGGAACUACCCUCAGGUCCUUGGCAGCAUGUAUCAGCUGAUCUGAUGUCACUUCCAUCCGGUGACUAUAUUUUUGUAGUUGUUGAUUACUACAGUAGGUACUUUGAAGUUGACACGAUGAAAUCUACAACAACGGACAAAAUAGUGCGUAGUCUGGGGAAAAUGUUUCUCACACACGGGUUUCCGAUUAGUAUUACGACAGACAACGGUCCUCAGUUUGUGAGCGAACUGUUCAAAGAUUACCUUGCAGAACGAGGUAUUGAACAUCGGAGAGUUACCCCCCUUUGGCCUCAAGCUAACGGUGAGGUGGAGCGACAGAAUCGCUCCCUACUCAAAAGUGUCCGAAUCGCUCAACUGGAAAGAAAAGACUGGAAAACAGAACUCGAUUCAUUCUUGUUAAUGUAUCGUACCACUCCACACUCUGUAACUGGAGUGAGUCCCGCCGAACUUUUGUUCAAACGCAAACUUCGAACGCGCAUUCCAGGAAUUGAGGAGCAUUCAGUAGAUGACAUCGAAGUUCGUGACCGAAAUAAUGAAAACAAAAUGAAAGGGAAAUUAUAUGCAGACGGAAAGAGAAACGCGCGCGAAAACGACCUUAAAACAGGAGAUGAUGUACUGUUAAGACAAGAGAGACAAAAUAAACUGACACCGAAAUAUCAGGAACAGCCAUAUACAGUCAAGGCUAAAUCUGGAAAUUCUGUGCUAAUUGAACGAGACGGAGUACAGUACAAACGCAACGUUACACAUGUGAAAAAGUUCUUGAAAAGAACUGAUGGACAGAAUCGUAGUGAGCUAAGCAAGCCCACAAGUAUCAACCGUGAUACUCCGAUUGUUGACAUUGAUGAGGAAUCAAUUCCAUGCAAAACCGAUGAGUGUAAUGAUCGUGAAACGGUUACAGAAAAUGCGAGUAUGCCAACUAGUAGUGUACUAGCCUCUCCGCGCCCAGUUCGCGUCAAGACAAUGCCUCACAAAUUCAAAGACUAUGAGGUUACGCUUAAGUGACUUGAUAUAUGUAUGUUUACCAUACAUAAGUUAGUAGUUUUUAACUAUCCUAACUUAAAGACUUUAUUUUCGGUUGGAAAAAAAAAAACCAGUUACCGCAAUUCCAAUUGAUCUCCAAUAGAGAUUUUGAGUUUGAAGUUAGUUGAACAUUUAUAAUUUUAUAUAGACUGGAAUAUAAAGACUCUUUGACUAUAAGACUUUAUGAUAAGUUGAUAUUAACACAAACACAUUAGCUUGGAAAGAAAAAAAAUCAGAAUAUUUUGAUAUUUGGUAAAUAAGUUUUAAUUCAAGAAAAGGAGGAAUUGUAGUGUUUUAUUAUUGUUAUAAUAUUACAUCAAGCCCCUGUGCAUAUUGAUCUGUGACGUAAUAUCACUUAUAUGUAUUGAGCAUGCGCACUAGUGAAUAAACGACAUGUGAAGCGGCCAUUACUAAGUUGUUAGUUGUGUUCAAUACGAACGGUUGAAUCCGAGGACAAUCCUACAU